AACCUAGCGUAUUAAUCAGAACUCUUUUUAUACAUUUAACUGCUGCUGAAGCAUCAGAGAAAAACCCUUGAGAAGAUGAAGAUUCUACUGCUGACCUUUAUCUGUGGUCUCCAAGCCCUUAAUAAUGACGUGAAAGAACUACCACAGCUUACUGGAGAAUGGUACACUGUUGCAUUGGCCUCAAAUGUGUCAUCUAAGAUCGAGAAAGGAGGUAGCUUGGAGAUGUAUGUUCACAAAAUCUAUUAUAAUGAGGAUGGUGCUCUUUGUGGAGACUUCUUCAAAGAGGAAAAUGGUGAAUGCACUAAAUUUUCUGUGAGAACUAGUCAAGAAAAUGAUCGACUAAAGGUACAAUAUGAUGGAGAAAAUGACAUCACCAUUCAACAUGUAGACAAUGAAUGUGCCAUGAUUCUGUUGCAUAAUGUAAAUAAGAAUGAAAAUACUAUUUGGGCAGAACUCUUUGGACGGACUCCCUAUCUGCCAGAUAAAAUAAAAAAACAAUUUCAGGAAAUGUGUGAAAAUGCUGCAAUUUCAAAGGAUCAAAUUAGAGAUCUGUCCAAUGAGGAUCGAUGUCAGGAACUUAGAUAAGAAAAUUCAUCCUGGCAUGCAGGAAUUUCUCAGAUAAAACAUCUUGGGGUUUCUGAACACCCCUACUUCCUCCAAAGAUUGUUAAUAUGGAUGAUGAAAAUUUCUACUGGCUUUUUGUUCUCUCCUCCAAAUUCCCAAGGGUCUCUCUUCCCCUUCCUGUUUGACUUAUCCCAGGUAGAACUCUUGCCUGCAAUUGUCUAAUAAAUAAUUAAUGCAGUA